AUGGCAGUCGUGACCGCGACAGGCUCUUCGAUCCCACCAGGGCAGUUGAUGUCUCCGAGGCGACAUGGAGCAUGCAGUUCAGACUGGACGAGAAGAUGUUUGUCGAUGUUGUUAGUGGGCAUCGUUAGGUCGACGCACAGCUUUUUGCGAUACUUCGAGCAUCAGUCUUCACAUCACACUUGGCCCCGUAGGGCGAAUAGAGGGCUCAGGCAACACCCGUUGGUUGUAGCAAGGCCGACAAGCGCUGGCUACAAACACACUCUGUCAGCAUUUCAAGUGGAGGUCUACAUUUGUCUCCUUUCGGCACUCGUCAACAUUGCAGAACACGGACGACAUCUUCCGCAAAGGCUUCUCUCCUACCUUUCGCCCGUGAAUGAUACGCCGCAAACAAGCGGCUCAGCUGCCCAGUCCCUCUCACAUUGUCCGACACGUUGCCAUCGCGAUGAUUGGCUUGACGACCCUACACAGCACAACUCGACACCAGCACCACCAGCACCAUCAGCCUUCCGUCCUCACGACUAG